CUGUUGCCUCUCCUGAUGGUGCCCACCAUGAAGAUGCAACUCAGCCACCUCUGCCUUCAAAUAAUGAACCAGGACAGGGCACUGAAGUCAUCAGACAUCCCACAGACGCCCCUGGGAAUGGGGUCUUCCACAGGACCACAGCUACUGAUCAUGCCAUCGUCAUGGCAGUCACAGAGUCCAUGGAUGAUGUUAACCAAGAGAAAGCAACCAAGGAGCCACUGGCGCCUGGCACUCCACCUGGAAGUGAAAGUGAACAAGCAAACACCACAGAUGUUUCUCAUGUCAAUUGGACACCUGGAAUUUUUCCAUACAAUGAAGAUCUUAGCCAAUUGCAGACCCCUCUUCCUACUAGACCUACCUCCAGUAUAUAUGGUAAACAAGGACCACACAAAGGACAUUAUGAAUCCACUACUUUCCCUGGAGAGACCACAAUGACAACAAUAGUUUCACAACGAAGGUCGGCCCAGGUACCGGAAUGGCUGAUCAUAGUUUGUGCUCUUGUGGCACUUGUGUUGAUUCUUGCAGUGUGCAUUGCCGUUAACAGUCGGAGAAGAUGUGGUCAGAAGAAAAAACUAGUAAUUAACAAUGGCAAAGGGGCAGUGGAGGACAGGAAGACAAGUGGAUUAAAUGGAGAUGCCAGCAAAUCACAAGAAAUGGUGCACUUGGUUCAUAAAGAACAGUCAAGUGACCGAACAGGAGCAUGUGACGAAUUCCUGACGGUUAAUGAAACACAAAAUCAUCAGGAGCUUGACAUGAAGAGUGGAGUGUAA